AUGACAAUUUUAUAUAAUGACAAAUGCAUAAAGAUAGUGAGAAGUGUUUAUAGACCAUUUAAAUCUAAUGCUCAUGGUGGGGAUGGUGGNCUUAAUCCCAUUACAUCCCUUUAUUAUGUUGCUCCCUGCUGCUUGGUUUUCUUGUUCAUCCCUUGGAUUUUCGUCGAGUUUCCACUUUUGAAAGAGACGUCCAGCUUCCAUUUUGAUUUUCUGAUUUUCGGGACCAAUUCUUUCUGCGCGUUUGCUCUAAACCUCGCGGUGUUCUUGCUCGUUGGGAAGACAUCUGCAUUGACCAUGAAUGUUGCUGGUGUGGUUAAAGAUUGGCUCUUGAUUGCUUUUUCCUGGUCUGUGAUUAAGGACACUGUUACUCCAAUAAAUCUGUUUGGAUACGCCUUGGCUUUCUUAGGCGUGGCGUACUAUAAUCACUCGAAGUUGCAGGCGCUCAAGGCCAAGGAUGCACAGAAGAAGGCUCAGCAAACUGAUGAGGAGUCUGGAAAAUUGUUGGCUGAAAAAGAAGAGAAUAAUGGCCCAAUUAAGAAUGAUUCACAGAAUUGAUUUCAUACUUAAUAUUAUGAGAUGCUGUUUUUGAUAGGAUGAGAAGGACGAGUAAAAGAUGAGAUUAUAGAUAUUGAAGAUCGAUGAAUGGAUUAGGUUCGGUUUCGGUAUGUGAUCUUAGGAAUUCCUUCCAUGUCUUAGCUACUUCUCUUGCUAGUUUAUGGUUCAUUAACUUCAUAUUUACAUAAUGGGAUAUUAUGGUUUCUCAUAUUGCCCAAAUAUGUAUCUGAAUUGAGAAUGAAUUCAGGCUCAUUGUCUCGAACUCUUUCUAAUAUAAUGUUGUUAUCUAUUCCAACUUUUGUUCAAUUUAUAUACUGUUGAAAAUCUAA